UCGUGCUUGAAGUUUGAGUAUGGCGGACAGUGCAGAAUCUGCCCCAGCGGCAGCAAAUCCUUCGCAGGCUACACCCAAGAAGGCGAAGGCUUCUGUGAAAAAACCACGCACCAAACCAGUGCAUCCUCCUACAUCAGAGAUGGUAGGAAAUGCUAUUAGGAGUUUAAAAGAACGAGGUGGGUCGUCAUUGCAGGCGAUAAAAAAGUACAUUGCGGCCAACUACAAGGUUGAUUCCGAGAAGUUGUCUCCGUUCAUCAAGAAGUAUUUGAAAACUGCUGUUGCUUCUGGCGAAUUGGUGCAGACUAAAGGCAAGGGCGCAUCUGGGUCGUUCAGGCUCGCAGCCGCUAAGCCAGAGAGGUCUGCAGUUACCGAUGCGCCGGCGCGCGGAAGUAACCGUUCCGCGGGACCCAAGGAGAAGAAAAAGUCCGUGAAGUCCAAACAGAAGGCUCCGAAAAAGGCGUCUGUGAAGAAGGUGCCCGAGAAGAAAAAGGCGUCCCCUGCCAAAGGCAAGAAAUUGCCAUCCAAGGCGAAGAAGGUUGCUAAGGUGCCAACUAAGAAACCCAAGGCUCCGCGACCAAGGACUGCAGCUAAGUCAAAGGCCCCGAAAAAAUCCAGUCCGAAGAAGAAGUGAGGAUGAUAAAUGGGAAGGUGGCUGCUACCGAGGCAAAUUAGAUGAAAACCGGCCCUUUUCAGG